UGUUUAUAGAAGGGUCGAAGAAGGAGAAGAAGAAGAAGAAAGAAUGGGAGCUGGAAUCUCAUUCUCCAUGCAGAUUACACAGCCCAGGCCUCGGGUGCUGUGGAAGGAUUGGAUUGGGUGGAGACUGUGGAGUACAGGUUCGAGCCGUGGAGUUGGAGCCAAUUUUGCUUCCAUGGCACCAGCCGCCGGGCAAACAGCCUUCCAAACCAUGGAUAACAGAAACACAAGUGGUGCUGAAAAAUAUGCCAAUUUCAACUGGGAUGAACUUGGAUUUGGUAUAGUUCCAACAGACUACAUGUACGUGAUGAAAUGCUCUGAAGAGGAGGAUUUUACUCGAGGAAACUUAACUCCCUAUGGGAACAUUGAGAUGAGCCCAUCUGCCGGAAUCUUAAACUAUGGACAGGGGUUGUUCGAAGGCCUAAAGGCAUACCGGAAGGAAGAUGGUCGUGUUUUGCUCUUUCGACCAGAACAGAAUGCUCAACGCAUGAAGAAUGGUGCAGAGAGAAUGUGCAUGCCAUCGCCAUCUAUUGAGCAAUUUGUUGAGGCUGUAAAGCAAACCGUCCUCGCCAACAAGCAUUGGGUACCUCCACCAGGGAAAGGGUCGCUCUACGUUAGGCCAUUGCUCAUUGGAAGUGGACCUCAUCUGGGCAUGGGGCCCGCACCAGAGUACACAUUCCUAACAUAUUCAGUUCCUGUUGGAAAUUAUCAUAAGGGUCCCUUAAACUUGGUUGUUGAAGACAAGCUCCAUCGUGCUGCUCCGGGUGGAACUGGAAGCGUCAAGGCUGUCGCCAACUACUCACCGGUUUACAAAGCAGUGACUCAAGCAAAGGCCAGAGGAUUCUCUGAUGUCCUAUUCCUAGAUGCAUUGACAGGGAAGCACAUUGAGGAAGUUUCAACAUGUAAUAUUUUCCUUGUCAAGGGUAAUGUUAUUUCGACCCCAGCAACACGUGGAACUAUUCUGCCUGGAAUCACUCGAAAGAGUAUCAUUGAGAUUGCCCUUGCUUUUGGUUACCAGGUGGAAGAACGUGUAAUUCCGGUGGAGGAUUUGCUUGAAGCUGAUGAACUUUUCUGUACAGGGACUGCUGUGGUUUUAAGUCCCGUUGCUAGUGUCACCUAUCGGAAUAAAAGGGUUGAAUACAGAACUGGAGCUGAAACAGUGUCGCAGAAACUAUAUGUUGUGUUAACAGGGAUUCAAACGGGGCGUAUUGAGGACAAGAUGGGGUGGACUGUCAAAGUAGAUUGAUUUUUUAGCCUCUGAUCUCCCCUCUCAUUUACAAUAAAACUUUGCUUGUGAUUCUUUCUUUAAUUUUGUCCACAAUAUUCCACUUCGAGUAUGAAAACUUAUCUUCAGAAAUGUUAUGUAUUUUCUAUAUUUAAUGGUGUAUAUGAAUCUGUUUAUGUAAUUUGUAUGGAUUUAUGGUCAUGGAUGAUGAACGAAUGAACAAUGGAAUUGGAUUUUGGCUA